AUGAUCACGUUUAACCUUCCUGCAAACCAACUCAAAAAGCGACGCGUGCAUCGCCGGCACAACGUAAAAGAAAAUCGACAAAAAGAAGAAGUUGAACAAGAAAACGAUGCGCAAAGACUUGACAAACGACCACCAACUCCCUCUCCUUCAAGUCCAUCCGGAGGGAUCCUCCCAUUGGCAGAGGCAAAGGGUAAACUCCAGACCCUCAAGGUCAAUCGGCCAAGAUGGUGUCUUCUCCGCACUCUCAGCAAAAUUUCGAAGUUCUUGAAAUGCUCGAAGAAGCUCAGGGCGUGGCUCAAUCGUUCUAAGGACUCUGGCCCUCAUUCCGCGAGAAUGCAGGACCCAACGUCGGUCUGCUGCUUUGGCGGUAACGCCGAUAAAUUCAGGUUCCCCAAUCUUACUCCACAGACUCAUAGGGGAUGCAAUGGUCGUCAACAUGCCGAGGAGCUCUUGGACGUAACAGUCAGCGCAGCGUUGUCUGAUUGCGCCGCCUUCGGGUACCGUGAGAGGAAAGUUGUGGAGGGCAAGACGGUUCGCGUUGUCGCGAUGGUAACUCUGGAUGGCCGUGGAAAAGAGUCUUAA